CUCUUUACCAUUCACCAAGACAGCAAAAAAAAAGAUGUCAACAGUUUCACCCUCCUCGCAACUAGUUCAGGUGGUUCCAGACAACCAGAACAACACUGGCGACUCCUCUGCGGAGGUCAACUACGAAGAUCUUGUCCAGGAAGCAAUGGAGAGCUUGUCCCUCGAGGAAGGCACUGAUGAACCGCAGAUUGGGGAUGUGGUAGACGGAGUCAUUGAUGGGACGACGUCCGAAGGUGGAUACCUGGUGACAAUGAAAUUCGGUUCUCAAGUGCUGAAAGGAGUGCUUUACCAUCAUGCUAAAAGGCCCCAACAAGCCAUGGGAACACCACCUUCAGGCAUGCCACCAGCAUCACAGCGCCGAGCUAAGAAGAAAGCCAGAGAGACUACUGAAGUUGAUUCUAAGAAACCCAAAUUCCGCAGGAGUGGCUACAACUUAUUUUUUAGCAAAAAAAUAAACUUCUUCUUCGCUGAGCACGCUAGGCUCAAAUCUAAGAAGCAGGUUUAUCAAGACAAAGGAGUUACGGAUGGGGAGAGGUACAGAACUGAGAUCAUGCUGGAGUACGAAUCUGCACAUGAGUCUGAUGGAGCUUCUGCUUCUGCAGCCGCCACCAUGGCUCAGUAGUCUUUUAUUUCUUCUGUUAUGUUGUUGUCUUCUUCUUUCUUUAUGACAUUUCUCUUUCUUCUUUCUU